UGGAUAUGCUAAACCCCUGCACUCCAAGUCCAAACCCCUCUUUCUCUCCCAAAACUCUUCAAUGGCUCUCUUCCAUUGCCAUGUUCCUUCUCAUCACAGUGCCAGCUUCACCACUCUCUCACCCUUCUCAACAUUCUUCACUCCCAAACCACCUUGUGUUUCUUCUUCUUCAUUAACCCACCAACACCCUUAUCCUCUAUCCACAACCACUGAACUCAGCAGCAAGCCUCUCUCUCUCUCCACACUGCCCAGAAAGCUCCUUUGCAAGCCACCCCAAGGAAAAUUCGUCAGACAAGACUAUCUUGUGGAAAAGUUGUCAGCUAAGGAAGUACAAGACCUGGUGAAGGGAGAAAGAGAUGUACCUCUUAUUAUUGAUUUCUAUGCAACAUGGUGUGGACCAUGCAUCUUAAUGGCUCAAGAACUUGAAAUGCUUGCAGUUGAGUACGAGCAAAAUGUAACGAUUGUUAAGGUUGAUACAGAUGACGAGUAUGAAUUCGCACGUGACAUGCAGGUUCGCGGUUUGCCCACGGUGUUCUUCAUAAGUCCAGAUCCAAACAAAGAUGCAAUUCGAACCGAAGGACUCAUCCCAAUACAGAUGAUGAGGGAUAUCAUAGACAAGGAAAUGUGAACAUCAUCUCAUCACCUGACAUAGUUGAAGUCCCUGGAUCCUGCAAUAUGCUGUCUGGUGUAAUGGUAGCCUAUCCGGGACAGAAUUGAAGUGCUAACCAAUUCAAUAUUAUUUUGGCUUUUGAAGGUUCCAAUUUGUCUAAUAGUUGUUUAUGUAAGCUCUGGGCUCGACAUAUGUUGUAGUGUAUCACAUGUGAUGUUCAAAUAGACACAUUGAAACAUAUUUUUGUACGUGCUCUCCAUUCAUCAAUUAUAUAAUGUUAUUGAAAGCGACAAUCUGUGUUCAGGUGGGGUGUUUAGUUUUUA